UCACAAUCCCACCAAGUCCCGUCACGUGAUUUCUCGUUCACGAACUUUCUGCUUUGAAUUUUACCUACUCUUCCUUUGCAGAACAACUUCCCACAGUUCCUUGUAAAGCUCUACCCUUUCCCUAAACAUUCCACCCACAUCAGCGCCAAUUUAUUCCCAAUUUGGGUUCCUUCAUUACAACCUCCAUCAGCCAUCAUGAACCCAUACUACACCACUCAACCGACCAUGUCCAUGUCCGCCCCGAACAUGUCGCCGGACCCGAACUUCCACUUCCCGGCCACACUCAACACGGCUCCCAAUCCGCUUCACAAGCGGGCUCUCCACCAUCCCGCUGCUGAACGCACUACGCCACAUGCUGCCAAGCCGGGACCUCUGUCUAAAUCCCAGUUCAGGCGCCGUAAGCAUACCGUAUCUGCAGGUAUCCGGGAGCGUUUUUUCGACUCAAAGGCUCGAGUGGGGAAUGGGAAUGAAGGGAGGAAGGAGAGAAAAAAAUCCCCGUACAAAGAUUGGCAUGCAGAAUUCUUUGCGUUGAAAGCGCAGAUUGAAUCCAUCUUGCGUGCGCGCAACGAGCAAGCAAACGGAACCCAGGCCAAGACAUGUGAUACCACACGUUGCAGUCGUCCAAUUUAUAUCAGGGUUGAUCCUGGAGUCCGCUUCGAAUUUGUGAUGAAGCAAGGUUUAUUUGUGCCACUGAAAGUGGGCUGCGGGGAAGGAUAUGGGGUUGCCGAUGUGAUGGGUAAGUGUGUAGGUAUGGGUGGGAGUGGUGGGGAAGAGAGAGGUGGAGAUGAAGAAGGGGUUGAUAGGGGAACUGGUAGUGAGGAGUCUAAUGGUGAUGAAAUGUCUGAGGAUGAAGGUAGUGAGGUGAACGGGUGGAGCGACGGUGGCGAUAGCGAUGUUGUGGGAACGGUUGAAGUUUGAUCUAAAGGCCUUGGAGAGCUAUCUUAAGGUGGAAUUUGUUGUUGUGAAGUUUCCAUUAGCCUCCUCACCUUGUUAAUGAUAGAGCCAAGUUC